AUGGAUUGUCGCGUUGGCGGCAUUAUCUUUUCUUCAAACUUCGACUCAGGGAACUUAGCGCGUGUCGAAAAAGUCUCGUAUGAUACAGAUGAACGCUCAUCUUCUGUCACAACAAGCAAUAAGCCCCAUUCACAGAAGGGGAACGCAAAUACCAAUAACAGUAUUUUCGGAAACACCUCCAUAGCCGACAUUCGAGUUGAUCAUGAAUUUAAAAUAUGGACCAAGCCAGAUUGUGCCGGAACUAUUUAUGAGAAUGGGAAUAGAACUUGGUUUUAUUUCUCUGUGCGAGGUUACAGUCCCGGAAAAGUGAUGAAAUUUACCGUAAUGAACAUGAACAAACAGUCUAAAAUCUACAGCCAAGGAUACGCACCACUUUAUCGGGUGCGUAAUUCUUCAGUAGCUCAGUCAAGGUGGCAACGUAUACGUGACAGGCCAUUGUGGGAAAUAGUCAAUGGACAGUUUUUACUUACAUUUGUACAUCGAUUUCUGGAUCCCCGUGGAAGCAUUACCUAUUUCGCGUUUUGUUAUCCAUGGACAUACAAUGAAAUGCAACUUCAAUUAAGCAAAUUAGACGUUAUAUUCCAUUACAAUAAAGUUGAUACUGACAAAGAAAAUUUAAUUUUACAUAAAUGUAACGAAGGUAAUGAAGUAAAGAAUGAUAAGUUUGAUGGAAUUGGUAACAAUGUAGUUAUACCAGAACUAGUAACAUCAUCUACGGUGAAUACUACAGCAGCAAUAACGGGAGAAAUUGCUGAUGUGACCACGUUAUCGGCUACUUCGUCUUCUUCAUCAUCGUCAACAUCAUCAGAAGAUGAAAAAUUCUGUCAAUCAGAAAAAGGACUAUUUGAUAAAAUUUACUUUUAUAGAGAACUACUGUGCUAUAGUCUUGAAGGAAGAAGAAUUGAGCUGUUGACCAUAACUGAUUGGUCUGGUUGUACAUAUGUUGAAGAAGAUCGCUUCGAUCCAUUAUUAUUUCCUGAAAUAAAUAAAAAUAGAUCUUGGAAAUUUACAAAUAAAAAGGUUGUUUUAGUCAGUGCUCGUGUACAUCCCGGUGAAACACCAUCGAGUCAUGUAUUCAAUGGAAUAUUAGAAUUUCUAUUGAGAUUGAAUGAUCAACGUGCAUGUGAAUUACGAAAAAAUUUUAUCUUUAAAUUAAUACCAAUGUUAAAUCCUGAUGGUGUAUUUCAUGGACACUAUAGAACAGAUACACUUGGCAUAAAUUUAAAUCGUGUUUAUUUAAAACCUGAUUUUUUAUACUAUCCAUCAAUUUAUGCUACUAAAGCAUUAAUUACAUAUUAUCAUACAAAUUAUGGAACAAUAAAACCAUAUGCAGAAUUUUUAGAUGAUAUUUUCAAAAGAAAAGUGCCCACGGAUACUUCUGGUAUUCUUGUUGCACCUCCUUCUGCAUAUUCCCCUUCAUCCUCUUCUCCAUCCAUUUCCUCUAAUUCUGUUCCUACUUCUAAGACUACUGAAAAUGAUCCAAACUCUGUUGGUACAACGUCAUCAGAUGUAUCGAAUUCAAUGCAAGCUACUGUGGAAAAGGCGAACAGUGAUAAAUUAUUUAAAAAUGUUAUACAAAAUCCAGUUACCUUUGCAAAUAACUCUGAGGAUGGACCAAAUACAACAGUAGAAGAAGAGGAAGAAAGUAAGGAGAAAUCGAUAUCAAAGUUCGGUCUAAAUGAUUCAGUUAAAUCAUAUACAACUUUAGAUGAACCAAUUAAAAACAGUCAAUCAUCCUUUUCUGAACAGACACUUAAAUCUUUAUUGUCAACGACCAUACUGUUAUCAAAAACCCCACCAAUAACAAAAGGUGGAACUACAUUGAAUCAAAAAGAAAAUCAUUCAUCUUCUAAUUCUUCAUCAACGUCACCAUCUAUUGGACAGUUACUUCUCAAUUCUGAUCUUCCAUUGAUCAAUGAAGGUGUAUCAGUCAUACAUAAAAUCAACUAUUCUGUUAACGGUGCUGCUACUGACGAUAUUGAUGAGGAUGACAAUAAUGAUGUAACUGAUACAGUUACCGGACAAAGCAAUAACGACAGAGAAAAUAUGCCAAACUGUCAACACAUUAACACAAAAACCAGCAAUUCAUCUUUGAAACGUUUAUUACGAAUAAAUAAUUCAAAGUUAACAUCAACACCAUCCUAUUUGGCUGAAUUAAAUAAAGAUUUGUCUAAAACAUUUACAAAUUAUCUAAAACCUGUUCAAUUCCCAUUGGUAUGUAAUACAGAAGUUGGCUCACAACGGAAUCCUGCGGCAACAACAAUGAUUACUACUACUACUACUACUACAACACUGCCUUCUUCAUCAUUCACAUCAACAACACGAACUACGCCAUCAACGACAAAUAAUUUAACGCCUUCAGUUAAACGACUUAUUACAUCAGCACCAAAUAAUAUUCUUAUUAAACGUACAAUUGGAGAUGGUAAAAAAUCUAAAAAGUCAUAUAAAGAUUAUAAAAGUAACGGAUUCAAAGGAUCUGGACGUAAUCAACCAAAUCGUAUCUUAUCAUUUUUCAAUAGAGGUGGUAAACGUUAUCCGGCAUUAAAAGUUGACUGUCUUCCUUGUUUUUUCAUGAAAUGGAAUUCUCCAUAUAGACAGGCUAUCACAAAUGGACAAAUAUCAAAUUCAUCCUUACAACAACAAAAGAAAGAACCAAAUGAUGUUUUGUUGAAUUCAAAUAUUAUGCCAGUAUUGAAUCGUGAUACUACAACAAAUUAUAAAAGUAAAAAAUCUCUUGUCCAUCAAAAAUCACAAUUAGUCUCUGAACAAAUUAAAGAGAAAAGUUUAAUAUGUUUAAAUGAUAAUACUAAAAUAUCAAAUGAUGAUAUACAAAUGAUAUCUUAUGGUGAUAUAAUUAAUGCUUCAUUUUCAUUAGUCACUCAAGAAUGUAUUCAUAAGAAUAAUAAGAAUGGCAAUGAUUAUAUGAAUGAACAAAAAAAUACACUAUUAAAUCCUGAAACACAUUUAUUAUACAGUAAUGAAGAGGAGAUUUUAAAUGAAACCGCCUUACAUACUCUAAAUGAUGAUUCAUGUUGCUUGAGUACAGUAGGCAAUGAAGGAUCUGAUAUGGAUGAUGAAGAAAACGUACAUUUAUUGAACAAUUUCAAUGAAAAAUCAGACGUGGAAGACUUUUCAAUUAAUCCACAGUUUCUGCAUGUAUUAGAAUCUAUUGAAACAUUAGUCAAAAAUGAAAAGAAUCUUAAUAAAAUUCAGCUAAGCAGUGAUACUUCAACUAGUGAAUCAGGAAAUGAUUUAAAUAUGAAUGAAUUUGACAGAAUUGAAAUGUUAAAAGAACAAUUAAAUCAAUUGAGAAAAGCUGAUCAUUUAUGCGAUGCAAGUUUAAUACAAAAUGAAGAAAGUAAUGUUGCAUUUUACUUUGAUUUACACGGACAUUGUUCAAAACGUGGUUGUUUUCUUUACGGAAAUUGGUUAGAUACAGAGGAAAAUAUGGUAGAUAAUGUUUUAUACGCUUUACUAGUUGGCGUGAAUUCAAUCUAUUUUGAUUUCGAUUCGUGUAACUUUACCCUGCGAAAUAUGUAUCAAAAAGAUCGUAAGGGUAAUUUCACUAAAGAAGGUGCUGGUCGUGUAGCUGUAUGGAAACACAUGGGACUUACUCACUGUUAUACAGUUGAAUGUAAUUAUAACGCAGGCCCAUUACCAAGUCGUCUAUCAAGAUUUAUUGCUUCAAGUCUUCCUAAUGAUAGUGGACGUUUUACACCGACCGGUGCAUUUUAUGGUCCUCAUUGGUCUAAUCUAGUUGAUAUUGGUAGUAUGCAAUCAUGGAAUUGUGGAAUCAGUACACAGAUGAACACUAUGCAUACUAUUUAUUCAAAUCAUACAAAUCAAACAUCUAGUGGAGCACCACGGUUUACUCCAGCACAUUAUGAAGAUGUUGGACGAGCAUUAAUGAUAGCCAUACUAGAUAUGAAACAAAUUAAUCCUUGGCCUAAAAUUGCUAGUCUUGGUGGCGCGAAUGCAGAACCUGGCGUCGGUAUUCUUACUUUGCCAACAUCUUUACUAGAGUUUUCAAAUUUCACGAAUUUGAAAGAAUGGGCAAAAAAAUACAUAAAAGCAAUGGCUCCAUCAAAUAUGUCACUUAAAGUAUACACAAAUCGAUGCACAGAAGAUUCUGCAUCUAAAUUGAGUGAUACAAAUAAAUCACAAAUAAACAUGAAGACAAUUCCACCCAGUGAAAGUUCAGAAGGAGUAAAAAAUCCUCUUUCUCUGACAAAUAAAUCUACGCAAAACUCACUUUCAACAAUGCAAUCUCAUGAAAAUUCCUCUACUGUAAUUCACUCGAAUACUUCUAAAAAAGUCUCCAUAUCAAAAACAACCAUUUCUCAAACUACAAGUGAUAUUUAUGGUAACGUAACAUUAUUAGAUAAAAAUUGUACAAAUAGAAGAAAUACAUCACCUAAAUUAAAUCGUAAACACCAUUUAUACCGGUUGAAUCCAGUUAUAUCACAUUUUAGUGCUCGAAAUAAACAACAGCAUAGAAAAUUCUCGACAACUAAAGAAACAUCAGAUGUUUUAGAAGUACUUUCCCAAUCAUGUUCACGUCCAUCAUCUGCAACAACAGAAGAUACUAAAACAUGGCCAGCAACUGUAUUUAACAGUCAUAGUGAAGAACGCAACUUAAAGACAUUAAAGAAUGAAGACAGUUCUUCGGAGUUUGAUCGAUACAAUAACACAAAAGCAUGUUAUUUCUAUGACUGUAAUUGUGAAAAAUCAUCAAAAGUUAUUCAUAAAGAUUUAACUGAACCAUCAUUUAAAAACAAAAUUAAAGAAGAAGGCGAAAUCAAGAAUAAAAAAUGUGUACUUAAGAAAAAAUCAAGUUUAUAUCACACGAAGAAAAGACCUACAUAUUUAUCUACAAAUAAUCAAAUCGCAUCAGAUGAGAUAUCUGAUAAUAAAAAAUUGAAUAAAACACAGUCUUUCAACGUAAAUUGUUCUUCAUCAAUAUUAGAGAAGUAUACAAAUUCAUCAUAUGAAGUUGAAGGGACAGUAAACACUACUACACCGUAUGUAUCAAAUGAACAAUCAUCAAAUUUAUUUACAAAUAUUCCAUUGAAAAUAUGUGAUUCAUCUGAGGAUAGUGUUACGACCAAACAUAUUUAUAUGAAUCCAGUGGAUAAAAAACAGACACAAAGUUCUGAUAAAAUGAAAUCAGAGGCGAUUGAACAUAAAUCUGCUAAAGCGCAAUAUAAGGAUAAAAUGAAAUACGCCUAUCUACGCAAAGUUGGUCGAACUGAUGCCUGUAAUGGAUUCAGUUAUACCAAACCAGGAUAUACAAAACUUCUUAAACACUAUACAAAUAUUCAUCGGUCAGAUCACAGAAAUACAAGUAUCAAAACAUCAUCAGCUAAUAAUAAUAGUAAUAAUAAUAAUAACAAUCAUAAGACACCAAAACUCAACAAUAACAGAACAUGUGAUUUUAAUACUUAUAAUGCACUUCGUCAUCGAAAAUCCCGUCUUAACAAAUUGAAGUCAUCAAAAAAACGGCCUUGUUUAGAAAAUAUAACACUAAAUGAUGAUAGGAAUAGUAAUAAUGACAUUUGUACAAUGCAGAAAUUAACAAUAUCUGAUCAAAGUAACUUGUGUGAAUAUAAAAAUAAUCGCAGAAGUAGCAGCACUACAGGUAAUCAUGAUGUAUUUAACAAUAUUGAUAAUACAUCACAAAAUUAUGCUGACAACACUACCAGUAUUAUUCAUACAACGGAAGAAAAUACUCUUGCACCACCAGUCAUUCGAUCAAACUCAUUAAGAGAUUUAUUAAAUACAUCAGAAUCAGAAGAUUGUAUCAAAGAAUUGAAAGAGCUGUUUAAAUCGGUGUCACUAAAUUAAAUUGAUUUUUUCUUUAACAAACCUCUUAACACUGCACAUAUACACUAGUGACCAUUUGUCUUUGAACACAUAUUUCCAUAAAAUAUGUGUCUUCUAUUUCUUUAAAUGUGUAUAUAACUCUUUAAUUUUAUAUUCACCUUCGUAUGGUUUUCUUUUCUCCAACUGUUAUUUUCAUGUUAGGUAGGUCUACAGCUGCUCAGCUGCUUUCUUUUGUCUUCACCUCUGGUUUCCCUAGUAGGAAUACCAUAGUAAGAGACGAAACUAUUAGAAGAAUUCUAAAAAGAACAAAGAAUUGAAUUAUUAUUUAUUUAUUAUAGCAGAAAAAACAAAAAAGUCGUCCUACUAUACUUUUGUUUACAUUGAAUAUUGAACACAGAUUCAAAAGUAUUGAACCGCACGUUGUUUAGUUUGUUUACUACUAAAGCCUUAUUUCAUUUCAUCAUAUCAAUGAACAAGUUGAAAUAAUGCUUACAAAUAUUUUCUUUAUUUAUGUACAAAUAAUAUUCGAAUCAAUUAACCACGUUUACAACAAAUUAGUAAUGAAAAUAAUAGGUAAAAUAUCGUAUGUAUGAACAAUAAGACUUGUAAAUAACAUUUCAGUUAUUCUUAUUUUUAUUACCAUUACUGC